AGAGUUGCCAAGGUAACUUAGCCUGCUAGGGCAUGGCCUCCCUCGGGAGUGGGAACUGGAGUGGUGUCCCAACACAGAGCACAGUCUCUACGCCCUGGGUGACCAUCUUGCAGCCCUUCCCUUGGACAGUCCCAUCUUCUCAGCCUCAGCAUAACCGGGUCAAGGAAGACCUGCUGGAGCUGAUGAUGCUACAGAACGCACAGAUGCACCAGCUGCUACUGGGCCAACUGGUGGCAGAUGCCCUGAACCCAGGGCCAGAGUGGCCCAGCCCACCGGUCCACACCGACAGCCACGAGGAGCAGAUGGAGGAAGAGAUGGAGAUGCAGGAGCAAGAGCCUUUGGUCUACCACCAUCACUACUUGCCUUGCCCAGUGACUUCCUUGGGUCCCAUGUCACUCUGGCCAGCCUCCUUCCUCCCUGUUCCCCCACAUCAGCCUCCCUGGCAGGGUGCACCCAGGAUUCAGCACCAGCCCCCUGCCUCCAGACAAGAGGAGGUGAGAGAUGUGCCCCCACCCCCACCCCCCAGUGCAACGGGGACUGUCGGUGCAGAUGUACCUCCGGCUUCAGACUACUAUGAUGCGGAGAGCCUGCCAUGAAGACAGAUGUACACCAGGCCUUGUCACCUUCUGCACAGGGCUGCCAAACCCUGGAGCAACUCUGCACCCAUGCUGGCCCUUCUUACCUACUCUGCACCCCCAACCCCAAGCCCUCAUCAGGCUCUCUACUGCCAUCUUGUACUGGCUGUUCUGGAGUAAAGGCUCCUUUAAACCCAACCAUGACCCAGAAG